UAGUACCGUCGGCCAUGUUGUUUUCUUCUUUGAAGAUCAUUGAUUACUCGGUUGUUAAUUUUGUUGAAAAAUAGCUUUGUUAGUAUUUAGUACAAUUGUGAUAAUAAUCUUAGUUUAAGUUAACAUAGAUUUGAAUUAGUGAAUAAAGUUUAAGCCUUUGUGUCGAUUAUGGGCAGGAAAAAGAAGAAGGCAUCGAAACCUUGGUGCUGGUAUUGUAACAGGGAAUUUGACGAUGAGAAAAUUCUAAUUCAACAUCAAAAAGCGAAACAUUUUAAAUGCCACAUCUGUCACAAGAAGUUGUAUACGGGACCAGGACUAUCGAUUCACUGCAUGCAGGUUCACAAAGAAGCGAUAGAUAAAGUACCAAAUUCUUUACCAAAUAGAUCAAAUAUAGAAAUUGAAAUCUAUGGAAUGGAAGGUAUACCCCCUGAAGAUAUUAAGGAGCAUGAGAGGCAAAAGACAGGUGGUGGUAAGGCGUCUGACAGUGAUGACGAUGAACCUGCAGCAAAGAAAAAGGCAACAUCAGCACUUUUGGGGCCAGGACCAUCAACUGUAACUUCAGGAAUUUUACCAACCCCAAUGGGUCCUGUACCUCCUGGAAUGUACCCAGGGCCAAUGGCAAUGAAUCCUAUGAUGCCACAUUUCAUGCAACAGAGAAUGAUGAUGCCAGGCAUGAGGCCUUUGUUUCCUGCUGCAAGUGUAUCUGUCUCGACACCCAGUAAACCUACCUUUCCUGCAUAUAGCAAUGCCACAAUAAGCGCUCCACCCACAACAUCAACAUCGUCCGAACUGAGAGAGAAUGGAGACGUCAAACCUCCAGCAGCCAACACUUGUCCACUGGUCACAGCCACAGGUGCUGGAUCUAAGAUAAUUCAUCCACCAGAAGAUGUAUCUUUAGAAGAAAUUAAAGCGAGAAAUGCUAAAUUUAGGCCAAAACCGAAACCCGAUGCUCCAAGCACGCCAGUUUCCGCUCCGCCUAUGAUUGCUCCUAGUACCAGCCAAGCUGAAAUCAACUUCCAGGUGGCCGCUCACAUGUCAGCAGCCGUGGCGGCUGCCCGCCAGCAGGCAAUGCGACGACCGAUGCCCAUGGGUAUGAUGGGUAUGCUCGGGCAGGUGCGAGUACCUGUCCCGGUAUCCAUGCCCGUUCCAGUCCUGCCCGUCAUGCCACAGUUCAACCUCAUGCGGCCAAUACAACCCGGUAUGCUGCUGCCCGGCGGAAUGAUGCCCAUGGGCGCCAUGUUCCCUGGCGGGGUUCCGGGAUUGCCCAUGAUGCAGCCGCGAUAUCGGUAGCUGGGGAUUUAGGCUAAACGACCCACACUAGUCUCGCACGCCGCUAAGGUAGGCGCUCUACCGAUAUGCUUGCCAACGACGUUGAGGUUUUUUCAUCGCAGUCUCUCUCUCUAGCCUGAAAUCAUGCUGUCCCUCUUUAACCUUGAUAAUUAGAGGGUGAUGUCAUGCUUUCCUAUUUUCCCUUUGAAAUUGACUGAAUAUUUGAGCUUUAAGUUUGAAAUUCUAAACGCAAUUCUUAGAAUAAUUUGUAUAAAUUUAAUACGUAAUAGAAAAAGUCUCAAUAGUUAGUGGCGUACGUUCCGCUAGUGAAUCGAGCCGGUGACGGUUAAGCGGGGCAAGGUAAGGCCAGCGCGAGGAUGGGUGACCACCACUAGCAGCAGUAAGUGCGGCGCGCGGGACAGGUGAUGCGAGUCGCCCCGACGUCACUGGUGUGCGGGGACCUUCAUCAUAGAAAAGAAAUAGCGCCAAGUAUCAUGGCCAAUUUCAAUAUGCCAUACCUAACGAAGCUUAAUAUGUAUAACGCGUACGUUCCACCUUCUCACUUCAUCCCACAACCUUGAAUAUUGGCGCUAAUUCUACCUGUUUCUAUGUUAAACUUUUGACACGGCAGCAUAAACAAGAUGGCGGUUGUUGUCAUCUGUCGUCAAAGGUCCCCGCUACACGCUGCGCUGACAUUGAAACAGUACGUCAUAAUUUUGGGUCUAGUAUAGUGGUAAUAGUUAUUGUUAAUAAUUGUGAACUGUUUCGUAUGUCUGUGCGUUGUUUGCGGGUUGGGCCGGCAGUUCCCUGUGCGAUGACGCUACAUUAAUAUUUUAUUUGAGAAAUGUUUUAUCGUCACAUUAGUACCGAAAACCGAACUCGAAUAGCUAUUAUAAUGAUAAUCUUCUCAAACUCUCUUUUGCUAAAGUUGGAAUGCCUCAUUAAUGAAGCGUCAAGUAACAGGCGACUCGAGUUCUGUCACAACAGAGGUUGUUGGAUUGGCGGCCCCCUGUCCCUUAGCGAUAUUCAUACAGCCCGCUCCAUUAAGACGGGCGUUGUAGUUAAUUUACAGUUAAAAGUGUGUAAGAGUAACAAUAAAAUGUUAAUGUUAUAUUUUCGCCUUGAACGUUUUUUCCUUAAGAGUUUCCACAAGUUGUGACGUUUGCUCUACUCGUGUAGAAUUUUGACAGAUUUACUCAAUAAAAUGCUCUCAGAUGGAA